CAAGUUCGCUCUCGUGUAACUGUCUGCAAACGUCUUAAACUGAAAUGCGAUCGUCGAGCCCCAUGCGGUUCUUGUACCAAGCGUGAUACGGUCGCCAGAUGUAUAUACUCUCCCGCUGCUGCUGAGAAAGUUGACCUUCAUUCACUCAACAACAGACUAAUAGCAGUCGAGUCACAGCUCGCUCAAAUAUCA